AAUCCAUUUACCAUUAUUAAAUGCAUUUAAGAAACAAACAUGUAAUAUUAAUUACAUUUUAAAACUAAAAUACACGAAUAGAGUACUAUUUGUAGUGGGGUUGUGCAUUAUAACCGCGUACAAUAAGAACUGAGUCAUCAUAAUGUAAGGUAUUAAUUAGAUAAAGCAAAGCGCUCAGUAAGGGUUUCAACACAGAUUGUGUAGUGCAUUACAAUUAUGGCUGUAUGUCCUGUGUUUACAUAGAGUUUCACAACGCAAUGUGAUUAUGGUGGGACUCACAUCGAGUAAUACUACGCCAAGUCCCCAUACAUGUAAUGCUAUUACUUCCUGCUCUGUGCGUAUAUUUAUCUUCACACUUUAGGCCUAGCAUGUAUGACAGUAGAUCGCAUGUAGAAAUAAAUUGGUGCAGUAUUAACAAUUGUGAUGAAAUUUCCUUCCGGUGAGAAUAAUCUGAAACUAUGUCCCUCUAACGGGGCGCCACCUCGUCUUGUAUAGAUUUCAGUGAGACAAGCAGACAGUGCACAAUGGCUCCGUGGGGUUGUAUUAUCGAUAAGUGGGUUUGCAUGGCUGCCAUCUUGCAGGCCAAUGUUUUUGUUCCAUACGGUAUGCACAAAGGAGGUUUCCCUGUGUGGAACAAAAGAGCUGUCCUGUCUGAUGGCUACCAUGCAAAGCGUCUAGUGCUUUGUGUUAGAUCAAUUAGAUUAAUUAACAGAUGUUUGGUGCAGAACUGAAUGCCGCACUUUCACUUUGGGUGAACAAAGAGAGUGUUUCGGUUGGCUCAUUCUUUACUUAUGAGGGACAUACUUCAUACACCCCAAAGAAUAAACAAACCCCAUAGUUCAAUGAUAACUGUAUAAUGAUUAUCAGUUUACAUGUAAACACUGAAAAAAGGUUGGACUGGAUAAUGUAUGGCUAAAUGCAUACGGAAUACUACAGUGUUAUUGGGCACAAACAUUUGGAAUUAACACUUUGAAACAACCAAUGCACCAGAUGGAAUAUCCGUAACUGGAAUGGUACAUUUAAAUAGGAGAGAGACCUGUUCUGGACGUACAUGUUUAGUAUUUCCGUCCAUACAGGCCAACAGAUAUCAACUUGAAAAGGAAAUCAAUACAAAUUGUGUAUUAUCAUGUACCGGAUACGCUGGCCAAUGCACGUGGUUUCGAACUUACUGAGUCCAAAUAUCGAAUUUCAUGGUUGUUUACUUAUACUCUGUAUCGAGUAUAAGUAUUCUAUGGCGAUUCGGAUCCUUUUCACCCCGAAUCGAGUGUCUCCAAAUUCGGUGAUGCACGUAAUCAAAUGAAUCUCCAGUACUUUGGAUUUCACUUUGAAUUUCGUUUUCCCUAUAACGCUUGUAUCACACGAAGCUUGUCUCAUAACACGUUUGUCUCACAAAUUUGACAACUGAUUUCCUCCUCUGACAUGAGGCAGCUGUACGCAUUGGUCGUUGUGUGCUUGAUGGAUUUCACGUUUUACCACUUCAUGUGAAACGAUUGUGACGGUGGUUCAGGGAGAGGAUGUAAAGCUGGAAUGUGAAGCAGCUGUAGCUAACGGCAUGACGAUGCCACUGUGCCUCAACGGCACUGGUGCAGACAUCGAGUGGCUCAAAAAUCAGGCAGUCAUUACGAAUUGCUCAGCAUCUGAGAAGUCCAUAUAAGCUGAACAGCACAAACGGAGUCCUAACCAUUCCAAACAUUUCAAUGUCGCUGAACAACGCUGCGUUUGCUUGUCAUGUGUCUUCAGCAGGAGGAAUCAGAAUAAGUAACUUCACACUCAUUGUCUUUCAGAGAAUCGAAUUAGCAGAGACUACUCCCUUGUUGAGUAGAAUAGGAGAAAGUGCUACCUUGGGAUGUUUCGUCAAAAAUGUUCCUCUCGGCUUUCCAAACAUCAACUUUACAUGGUUGGUAGAUGGCACGAUUUUACAAGAUGUCCUCGACGAGCAGAAAUAUACCUUCGACUACGACAACCAUGGCUGCAAUUUGACGAUUGAUAAUCUUCAAUUAACCGACGAGGGAAGAUACAAGUGUGAGGUUCGUUACUCGCUCACAACGGUGUGGAAAAGUACAACGCUGACAGUAGCAGUACCACCACAGUCUGUGUACAUCAUCGACGAGACAACUGGAAUUGUACGGGGCAACCACUCGCACAUCCCACAAACCAGCAGCCAAAUGUUCACCUGCUUGGCCACGGACACCAAACCGGCGGCAGAAAUAACAUGGACAAUCAAUGGAAAGACUGCAGGCAUGGAGAGCAAUGAAGAAGUAGUCGGAUCCAGAUUAUUUAACACGAGUAGCACGAUUACCGUACCGCCCGUGCAGAGUGGACAACGAGAGAACCUCACGUGUACAGCCACUGGGUCUGGACGAAGGGUUGCUGUGACACUUCGCUUGAUUGGUCAACAAUCAGAUGUGAGGAGAGAGAAGUCAACUGCUCAGCCGUCAAGAAAUUCCCCAGAUUCUACAAUCAGAACGCCAAACGGAUCAGCCUUACAGUCAACCCUGAUAGUUAUUGCUGUCACAGUUGCACUUCUUGUAGUGUUCAUCGUGACGAUUAUCGUGUGGAAGCACCGAAAACGUAACAGUUCAUCCCAUGCAAAUCGGGUCACUGUGCAGUUCAACCAGAUCGAUGCCAACGGACCCGCGGCGGCAGCCAAUCCUCCUGUGACAACCGCCAUAGAAUCGUCAGCUAAUAUCUACGAAGAGAAUGGCUCUUUCCUACGUCUGAACAGCCACCCAGCACUUCCAACAUCGCCCUCUAACGGCGAUGGUCAUCCAGUCACCAGGAGCGUUCAGCGCUAUAGACCCGCGGAGCCUUCUGUAAGCCGUGGCUCGGGAAGGCAGAGUGAUGUCCCUUCUACAAGUAGGCAACGACCAACAAACCAACGAGAGGGCGUUGUUACCUACAUCGAUGUCCACCACAGCCGGACACACCCACCGGACGCGCCUCCCAUACGCACCGAGCCCCCUACUCAGUACGCAGACAUCAACCACUACUUGCACCCCUGUCCAGUCGAGGACCCACCCUUAGACCCAUCCCCUUGGGUAGGGGAAGAAGGGCAGGGGACGAUUGGCCUGCGGGAGGGAGGCAGAGAUGAGUAUGCUCCGCCCCGACCAAGACGUGGUCAUCCUAUCUCUCCCUCAGUUCGGGAUUGGCUGAGUUAGUUGCUGCAUCUCAUUAGCAUGCGCGCAAAGAAUUUAAACCAGUCAGUGUUUGCGCCCAUGAAAUAAUAUCUAACUUUUAAAGAAUAAUGUCAAACGUGAGAAGAGGUAAAGUUCAUUCAUGGCAAUUUUGUAUGGGUUGAGAAUCAACAAGGCAAAAAUAUUGCCCCUAAUAAUAUCCUUUUUUGGUAAAGUUAAGUUACAGACCUUGUUUAAAUUCACUUUUUCGCACCCCCAGUGGUAUAUUAAAAUUAAUGAUUAUGCCCGUGUUCAGUGGUUUGAAACUAAUAGUUUCGUGUUCCAGAUGUAUGCCUUUCAUAAGUUAUUUCGUAAACUACGUUGCGAUAUUACUCCUUUUGACAUCGAGAAUAUAAAAAUUAUACUUGUGUACAGUUGUGUCCAAAACGCGGCGAAUUAUUUCAAAAGAGAAACAAAUUGUGAUACAAUUGUAUAUGUACAUGUAUAUAUAUAUAUGUUGGCAACAUAUUAGAAAAAUGUCAAAACAGACUUAAAGCUAUGCCAGUGCAUUAACCGAAAUCUUUUAGUUAAAGAACUAAAACUUGGAUUUAAUAGGUUUACUUAUAAAAAGAAUUGCAUAUAGCAAGGCUACCCUGUUAAUUAACACAGGGUAUUUUUAAAACAAAAACGCUUCUAAAAUGUAAUCUAGGAUUGGGUUAUAAGCGUCGACCGAUCGUUAUACGAAGUUCAAUGCCUUAAUACUGUCUCAAAGCGUGUACAUCUGCUUGCUUAAAUGCUGUAUAUAUUAUGUAUUGACAGAUCUUUCCGAAACAAUUAACAACCUUUCACGUAAGAUCAGUAGUUGUCAAGCUUCUUUGUACAUUUGAGCAAAUGUUCAGUAACGUUUUUUUGAUGCAUGGUAAAAUAUUUAAAUCGGAUGAAGUGAAUAGUAAAUGAACGACUCGA